GCUGAGCAGCACAGGAACACACACAGUCUCACUGAGUCAGUAGACAUGGAGGAUGGGAAGCCUGAUCUGCUGCUGGUCAAAGAGGAGACAAUAGAGGACGAACCAGAGAGCAUUGACCUGCUGAGUGGGGAGCAAGGUGGUUGGCUGCAGGCUAACAGAGGAGACUGGGCAACCAUCUUGGAUUCCCAGACCCAGACCAGUGCAGCCAAGGGCCCAGGGGACAACAUCACUGAGCAGGCCAGGACCAGAGGUGACAUAGUAGAGUCUGCAGUCGAAGAAGACCUGCUGAUAUCCAGUGUUACUGGUGGGAGAGAGUGGACCUCUGAGAUGGCUGGUCACAAACCCUGGCCCCGGAUCAGGAUCCUGGAUCAGGAGUCUUCGCUCUUCCUUUCCGAGUCGGAACCAGGACCCAAACGCGAGGUUGAGAGACUCCACCACCACACAGAACACAACCAGUGGACAGGUGGACUGAACAACCUCAGUCCUGGUGGUCAUCAGAGAGAUAGAGGCUCCAGUCAGGGAUCCAGUCUGCAGCCCAGACCCUUCUCUUCACAGUCUCAGUGCAGGGAUGAAGCAGGGCCUGGGGCUGAUAGAGAUAGACCCUCCUUUUCCUAUGAUUCAAACACCACAGUAUCCAUGAUGAAUAGAGCAGGUCACCCUGGGUUUCAGCCUUCACAGAGAGAGGUGGGAGACCCCCCUGGCGGUAGUCUUUCAGGAAGUCGGUCUUCUCCUUCAGGGUCUAGUCUAAUGCCUGGUGACUGGGUUCAUAGAAGGCCUGGGCCUGGACCUAGUGUUCCUCAGCUUCCUCAUGGUAACCCCACAAAUGCAGACAGGGUCAGGAUGAGCGUUCACCAUGAGAGGUACCUAGCCUAUAACACAGCACACAAUCCCAACAACACCCAAACAAUGACUAGAGGUCAAGGAGGGAGCUCAAAGACUAACCACCUGAGGGCGGUGGUUCCUGCUUCUACCUCCUCUGGUGUCAUUGGGUCACAACGUGGAAGGCCGAGCAUUAAGACGGACGCCGACAAGCCGUACGCCUGCCCCACUUGUGGGAAGCGCUUUGCUCAUGCAAACUAUGUGAAGCAGCACCAGACCGUUCACACCAAGGAGAGGCCAUUCAUGUGCACUCUGUGUUACAAGAGCUUCUCCUUCCAGAGUAACCUUAUUAAACAUAGGAGUGUCCACAAUGGGGAGAAAUCAUAGCAGUGUGGCUUGAGAUGUACACAGGGGAUAUCUGGGAACCAUUCUUUAACUGAUAUAUUAUAGUUAUCAUGUGAAGUGUUUUUGGAUUACUAAGUCCCUCAGUGCUGUUCAAUGUCGGUCCUGGAGGGCCAAAACACUUCUGGAUUUCAUCCUCUCCUUCUAAUAAGGGACUAAUUCAGACCUGGGACACCAGGUGAGCGCAAUUAACUAACAGGUAGAAACAAAUACCAGAAGUGUUUCGGCCCUCCAGGACUGAACAGUAGUUAGUUUUCUACAAAAAAAUUGGUGAUACAAUCUGUUAAUAAAUGAGAAAUCAUGUUGUCCUUUUGAUAUGUUGAUUUUGUAUUUGCUUGUUUAUCAUUUAGAAUAAAAAUUGGCCUCAGUUUUCUUGGCUU